ACAAACAACAAUGAUACUCUUGUUUCCGACAACAUUGAAGGCAGCAUCUGUGUUCAGUCGCGUGCGCCAAUGUUGCAGCGGCGCGAAAAGUAAAACAAGCCAGCGGCGGUUUCCUGAUAAAAACGACGUUGGCAGUGCGCAUCAAAUGGCUUCCCAGAGCUACAUUUCCAUCUCCGAGCUUCACCCCAACCUCUCCCAUCCUAAAGUCUUUGGGGUCAUCAUUGGAAAAACGGAUGUGAGAAGUUUCCCCGACAGAAAAAAUAUUGAGAUUGAACGAUUCACCUUUGGCUUCACCAUAAGAGACUCUGCAGAGUUCUUCAUCAAUGUGUCGGCCUGGGGCGGCGAGGCGUUCAUCAGCGGGCUGGCCGACAGCUUCAGCAUGGGAGACUGCGUGAUCAUUGAAAAUCCUUUAGUUUCCACCAAAGACCCUGAGAAAGGAGACAAGUUCUGCCCGGCAACACCCAGCCACUACAGGUUGCUGCUGACGGAGACCCACUCCCAGGUGAGUGUGUGUGGCGACGGCGCCAGCGUGGAGCGGCUGCUGCCGCUGCUCCACCUGCCAGUGAAGGACAACAGAGACUUCUACUCUCUGGCCGACAUCGUGGCCAACGGCCAGCAGCUGGACAGCGCCGUCAUCAAUGUCCUGGCAGCCGUCAAACUGAUCGGAGAAACGAAGCAGUUUGUCACCUCAGAUGGACGCAGAGGCCAGAGGCUGGAGCUGAAGCUGUUUGAUGACUCCGUCUCAUCGUUUCCUCUCAUCAGCUGGGACCGGGAGGCCAUUCAGCUCCUGCAGAACCUGGUACCCAGAGAAACCGUUCUCUUUGUUGCCGAUGCAAAGAUGAGCUUUGACAGCUUCCGCGGCAGCAUGGUGGCGACGGUGACCUCCAAAACCAUCAUUACUGUCAACCCUGACACAAGAGAAGCCAGCCUGUUGUUCAGCUAUGUGAAAGAACUGUCAGAGUCUGGAGCUCUGGACCAAGACGAGGCUCUGGAGGAUCCACCUGUGUCGUCCAUCACGGCCGUGUUCACAGUGAAGCAGCUGAAACAGAAGGCCAGAGAAAACGUCGAGCCGUUCUUCUGCCUCGCCUACGGCUUCGUCUCCAAGCUGGACUUGGACUCAUCCGUGUCCAAAGUGGUCAGGACGCGCUGUGCCAGGUGCCGCUUCCUGGUGCAGCAGGAGCUGCAGCGCUGCAGCAACCCACUGUGUCCGGACGGCGAGCGGCCGCUGGCAGCCUGCACCGCUUUCGACCUGCUGGUGGACGUCACCGACCACACCGGCACCCUGCAGGCCUGCAGCUUGCGCGGCCCUGUGGCAGAGCAGACCCUUGGCUGCACGGUCCGUUCCUCCUCACUGACGCUUCUGAGGUCAAAGUUCACCAGUAGACCAAGCAUCCCUUCCUGUGUUGCAGACGGAAGAGUUUGUCGGUUUGACCGACGGUCAGCGGACGGCGCUGAAGUGGAGGUUUCUGCUGGAACGGUGCAAAAUAUACCUGAAGAUCUUCCCCUCUGCCAGGAUGAAGAGCGGGAUGAGGGGUACGGUCCUGGACUGUUCGCUAGCCGACCCCGGAGAGGUGAAGCAGAGCAUGUCUGCCCUGCUGCAGGAGCAGUGAUGCAGCCGCAACUAAUGACAAAACUCACAGAUAAUAUUUAUUUAACUUAUUCAUCUACAUCUAUUUAUUCUGUUGGCAUGGACAGCUUGUUAGAUUAUUAAAUAUGUGUUAAAUAAAUGAUUCAUUUAAAAGCA